AAUUGUCAUUGCCGUUAUUAUUUCGUUUGAUAUUCCAAAAUCACUGGCAGCUGUAUUAAUUUGCAACAUUCACGUGUCACAGGGACACAUGAACGAAAAAGUGAAAGACGUGUUCUUACUGAACGAACGCGUCUUUGAAAUAUUCGACUCAUGGCCCUUGAGAAAAAGGUACACGAGGUUCAUCAUGUAUAUGUCGUAUCUCAGUGUUCACAUGGUCAUAAUGUACAUGGACCUAAUCGAGUCGUUUGGCAAUCUCAAAUCAAUGGUGGAGAACAUUAUAGACACAACCUUGGCCACGGUUACGUAUUACUUCUUAUUUUUACUCCGAUUCAACAAACUGAUCGAACAGGCGAUCGUCACUGUGAAGCAAGAAAUGACCACGUGCAAGUUCGAGACAUUGGAGGAGAUGCGCUUGUACCUCGCGUAUCACAAGAUUUCGGAUAAAUUUGGUAGAUACGCUAUUUCAACGACCUUGGUGAUAGCAACUCUCUGGUAUCUCACACCUAUGCUCCAUCUGUUGAAGCCUCAAUCAGGACAAAGUAACGGAUCAUCGAGUGACUAUAAAUUGCCCUUUCGUGUUCACGCUUUUCUCGAUUAUCAGAACGACCUUCAGAACUUUGUCAUCAUGUAUCUGUACCAGUUCCCACUCGUGUUUCUAGCGUUAAACCAUAUAAGCGCCAUCAGUACAUUAAUUAAUCUGGUGUUACACAUUUGUGGUAAAUUCUCAAUAUUGUCGUACCGCAUACGAAAUAUCCCCACGAAUGUAAAUGUUCAUUUAGACAAUGUGAUUGAAGAAUUCGUGGUCGCGCACAUAAAACUGACGACAACAGUGAACUCCAUCAAUUCAGCCUUCCAAAUUUUCCUUCUGCUGGAACUGUCGCAAACGAGCAUUAGAAUGGCUGUCCUCAUAUACAUGAUGCUUCUAAAUCCAUCGGGAAGUUUCAUUUUUCAUAUUCAGUCCACGAAAGUGAGCGAAGCGUUCUACAUUACGGAUUGGAACGAUCUAUCGGUCCGCAAUCAAAAGUUAUUUCUUCUGGCAAUGUCCGUUGGGCGACGAACUUUGCACGUCACUGCUGGAAAGUUUUACAUCUUCUCCUUAAAUGGCUUUAUCGGUAUUAUGAAAACCUCGUUUGGAUACGUUUCUCUUUUACGAGCUCUCAUCUGAUGCGACACAAAGACUGUAUCACAAACUAAAAUAGCGAAUAGUAGAACAUUGUUUAGAAUAAAUGUUUUAAAUUAACAUUACAGUGCCGUGUUCAUUCAUAAUUUGUGUGAGAAACUAUAAGACACAGGAAUUUAA